GGGCAUUGGAUUCUGCGAAAACGCCAGCUGAAAGUGGCAGCUAAUCCUUAAUAAACCGUACAUUACAGUAUGGAGAACAGACCGCAAGCGAAAUCGGGGGGUUUAGACCUGCUGGAAGAGCUCGCCGCCCGCUUCGGAAGGCUAGGGCUCACGCUGCCCGGUGUGGAGGUGCGCUGGCAGGACCUGGUGGUAGAAGUCCCCAGGGGGGCCGCGCCCAGCGCGGCGGCCGGCGUCGCGGCGGCAGCAGCACGCACCGUGCACCGCGGCGGCAGUAGCAGUGGCAGUGGCAGUAGCAGCCCCCGCACCAGCAGCGGCUGCGUCGUCUUGGAUGCCGGCAGCGGCGUGUUGGCGCCGGGCAGCCUCACACUGCUGCUGGGGCCUCCCGGCGGCGGGCGCAGCACGCUCCUGAAGGCGCUGUCAGGCCGCCUCGACCCGGGCUGCUCCUCCCGCUGCUGUAACCGCGGGUGGUGCGGCUGCGGCGCCGGCUCCAGCGGCGGCGCCCGCGUGGCGACCGGCUGCGUGGAGUACAACGGCCGGACAGUGGUUAGAGGCAGCAGCGGCGGCAACGAGGCAGGCGGCAGCUGCGGCUGUGGCGCUGGUGGGGGCCGCGGCGCUGAUAGCGACCACAGCCGUGCCAGCGGCGCCAACCCUGGAGAAGGGAAUGCCGCAGCAGCCUAUGCCGCCGCCUUCGGCCGCGACAUCCGGCCACCGCCGCCGCAGCAGCAACAAAGGGCGCCAUCAGCGGACACACCCUCCCCUCAGCGCAAACCGCAGCAGCAGCAGCAGCAGCAGCAGCAGCCAAGGAACUCUUACAUCCAAGAACAGGCCAACGCCCAAGUCCACCGAGCCCCCAGCUCAAGCAACAUCAACUCCGAACAACGCAGCCAGCAGCAGCAGCGGGCGCGCCCCUACCCGCGCCCGCUGACACGGGCGGAUGCCUGCCGUUUGGCGGCGUAUGUGGGUCAGGCCGACGCGCACCUGCCCGAGCUGACAGCGGGGGAGACGCUGGCGUUCGCGGCCAGGUGCCAGACUGGGCCUGGAUUGGAGCGCAUACAUCGCCUGCACCGCUGGCUGCUGGAGCAGGAGGAGCAGGAGCGGGGGCGGGUGCCUGAGCUGGAGCUGGGGCAGGAGCAGGAGCUGGAGCAACAAGAGCAGCAGCGGCAUGAUGACGCGCCGCCGAUGGGCCGUGCCGCAGCGGUUGUUGCAGUGGCGGGUGCAGCACUGGCAGGUGCGGCGAGUGCGCAGCAGGAUUGCGUAGCAGAAGCAGCUCGCUGCCCUGACGGCAGCAGCGGCGGCCAGGCGGGCAAUGCCACGGCCAGCAGUGGCGGUGAUGCUGGCGCCCCGGCUGCGGCUGCCCUAGCAGCUACCGCUGCGCCCCAUCCCGCUGCUGUCGGCAGCACGCACGACGCGCGCUCUGCGCCACCGUGUGGUGGCGGCAGCAUGCUGGAUGCGCUGUUCGGUGAUGCCAGCAGCAGCAGCAGCAGCAGCAGUAGCAGCAGUAGGACAACUGGCGGCGGCGGCGGGUGUGACGUUGGACAGCAGCGCGGUCUGGAGGCCCGACUUGUGGAGGCCGUGGCAGAGCUGCUGGGCCUAUCCGGAGUGCUGCACACGCGCGUGGGUGAUGAGAUGCGUGCGGGGCUCAGCGGCGGCGAGCGGCGUCGCCUGACCCUCGGCGAGGCAGCACUGAGCCUGGCGCCUGUACUCAUGCUGGACGAGAUAACCAGCGGGCUGGAUGCGGCAGUGGCUCUGUCGGUAGUACGCACCCUGCGCCGUGUCUGCGACCUCGCUAAUGUGACGGCGGUGGCGGCGCUGCUGCAGCCCUCGCCCGAGGUGGUCGCCCUGUUCGACAACGUGCUACUGCUGGCGGCGGGCCGCGUGGCCUUCCUGGGCCCACGUGACCGCCUCGCGCCCUUCCUGGCACGCGUGCCUCAAACCCCCGGGCUAGCGCCGUGGCCCCCCGGCCAGCCCCUCGCCGAGUUCGUACAGGAGGUCCUGGCCAGCCCUGCCGACCAGGCGAAAUACCAGGCGUGGCGGCCGGCACGAUUGCCGGCAGCGGGGGCUGUGGCUGCUACAGCCGCUGGCCGAGCGGCUGCUCUUACGGAUGGCGGUGCUGCAGCGGAAAUGGAAGUGGAAGCUGCUACAGCCGCUGGCGCGGCGCCGCGCGGGGAGGGAGCGAUGAAGGCGGAGGCGGGAGCAUGGGUGUCACCAGCAGAGGUCCGCGAGGCCUUUGAGCACAGCGAGGAGGGGCGGGCGCUGGCGGCGCAGCUGGCGGCUGCUCCGUACAACCACCCCCUAGAGGGCCUGCUGCUGCCGGGUGCCGUACACGCGGCGGGCCGGCCGCCCGAACCCCAGGCCGCAACGCAGCAGUCGCAGCCGCAACCGCAGCCGCAGCCACAGCAGCAGCCGGGUGCGGGCACCAUCAAGCCGGCGUGGGCGGAGGGCGGGAGCGCCGCCUGCAGCAGCCGAGGGGCUGGGUGGCGCCGGCGGCGCCUGCUGCUGCUGCUUCGCCCGCUGCUGCCGCCGCGGCGGCUGCUGACGGUGUUGGGCCGCGAGCUGUUGCUGGCGCGGCGCGACCCAGCCUACCUCGGAGCCAUUGUGGGGCAGUUUGUGUUCCAGGGCUUUGUGGUGGCCACGGCCUUCCUGCGCCUGCCGCCCGCCUCGCCCGCCUCGGCCAGCCUGGCGGUGUCGGCGUUGGCGUUCUCACUGAUGGGCAUGUUCAUGUUGGGCUUCAACUCGGCGCCGGUGUAUGUGUCCCGGCUGCCCGUGUUCUACAAGCAGCGGGACGCGCACAUGCUCAGCCCCGCCGCCUACGCCGCCGCCGCGCUGGCCGCCCGGCUGCCGGAGGCGGCUGUGUGCGGCGCUGCCUACAGCGCCCUGGUCUACUUCGCGGUGGGCCUCACGCCGCAGCCGGGCAGGUUCUUUGUGUUCCUGGGCGCCUGCUGGUUGUCCGGCCUCAGCAGUGUGGCCACCUUCCAGCUGCUGGGGGCGGUGACGCGGCGGCAGGUGGUCACACAGGGCCUGGGUGCCGUGCUGCUAAUGGUCAACGUGCUGUGCUCCGGCUUCCCCAUCGCGCGCACUUCCAUUGCGGGCUGGUGGAUCUGGUUUUACUGGAUCAGCCCCAUGGCCUGGAUCCUGAGAUCCAUGGCCGUGUCAGAGAUGAGCAGCGCCCGAUGGCUGGCAGCGGCACCCGCCGUACCGGCUGGAUCCGCCGUACCGGCUGCUGUGACGGGUAGUGGUACUGGUAGUGGCGGCGCCGGCGGCACGGUCCCGUUGAACAUCGGCCUGGCCACGCUGGCUGCCCGCGGCUUCCCCACCGCCCCCGCCUGGGUGUGGUGGGGCCUUGCCUACCUGGCCGCCACCACCGCGCUGCAGCUGCUGGCGCAGGCGGCGGCGCUGGGCUGCCUGGGGCCGCCGGCGGAGCACGCAGCACGCAGGGACGGCGGCAGCAGCACCGGCAGUAGUAGCACCGGUCAACAUAUCCAGCAGGAGCAGCAACUUCCGCGGACCCUACAGCCAGACGAGGCCUUUGCGCAGCUGCCGCCGCCGCACCAAAAGCUGGAGCUACAGCCGACUCGAUCCACUGCGGCUGUCGCAGCCCCCGCAGGCGCUGCCGCAUACGACUACUUUGAGAAUCCAUUGGAGGUGGAGGGCGCGACUGGCUGUAGCACUGCUGGUGGUGGCGGCGGCGGCGGCGGCGGCAGUAGCAGCGUAGGCACCUCCUGGACAUCUUCCGCCGCUGCGCGGAGCAGCAGUGGCGGCGCCGGCGGCGGCGGCAAGGGCGGCGGCAGCAGCAGCUUUACGGCUGCUGCAAUACGCGCAGCGGCGACUGCGGCUGCUGCUAUCUCUGCUGCAGCUGCCACUGCCGCGGCGAAGCAGGAGGACAGUUACACCAGCUGUAGCGGCAGCCGCCUUCCGGGUAGGCGGCCGGCAGAGGCGCCACCAGCAGCCACGCCUUUUGCUGCCGCCAGCAUUGGUGCCCGCGGCGGCGACGACGGUGGCGAUGGUGGCUGCGCUGCCGCCGGCGGGGUCGGUGGUCUGGCGUUUGAGCCGUUGGUGUUUGUGUUCCGGGAGCUUUGCUACUGGGUGCCUCACCCGCGCCCGCGCACACCAGGUGAACGGCUGCAGCUGCUGGACGGCGUCAGCGGCGCGCUGCGCCCCGGCGUGCUCACGUGCCUGAUGGGCGCCAGUGGCGCCGGCAAGACCACUCUGCUGGACCUUCUGGCUGGCCGCAAGCAGGCCACACACAUCCCUUCCACCACCGGCACCACAAGCUCCGGCACCGGCACCGACACCACCAGUGGCAUCGGCACCAGUGGCAUUGGCAACACCAGCAACAGCAGCAACUGCGCCGCCGGGCCGCGCACGGGCGACAGCGGAGCAGGCGGCGGUGACGGCGCCCUCAGCAGGCUACUGCGCGGCGGAUUCUGCGGAGGCUCCGGCGGCUGCGAUGGCAGUAGCAGUGACCGUUGUAGCCGCAGGGGCAGUAGCAUCAGGGGCAGUAGCAGCCGGGGUCCGGUGUGGAGCGGGCUGCAGCUGGUGAACGGGAGCCCGGUCACGCACAUGGGGUCGGGGGGCCGGGGCGUGAUGGGGUACGUGGAGCAGCAGGAUGCACACAACCCCUGGGCCACAGUAGAGGAGGCGCUGCUGUUCAGUGCACAACUGCGGGUGCCCGAUACUGCCACAGCCACCGCCACCACCGCAGCCGCCACCACCUUGCUGCAGCCGCCGUCGUCAGCAGCCUCGCCUGAGGCGUCGCCGGGCCGCUGCUGCCUCUGGGGUCCGCAGCAACAGCCCCAAAAUCAGCAGAGGCAGACGGGGCGGCCGCGGCAGCUGCUGCAGGGGCGGCGGCUGGUGGCGCACGUACGUGAGGUGAUGGCGCUAGUGGAGCUGGGCGGUCUGGCGCGGCAGCGCAUUGGUGUGGGUGGCGGCGGAGGUGGAGGAGAUGGGGGUGGAGGAGGAGGUGCGGGUGGCGGAGGUGGUGGCAGAGGAGAUGGUGGCAGAGGAGGAGGGGCAGGAGGAGGGGCAGGAGGAAGUGGGGGUCGAGGUGGGGCACCGGGGGGCGGCGGGCUGCGGCCGGAGGCACGCAAGCGGCUGACCCUGGCUGUGGAGCUUGUUGCCAACCCCUCCGUCAUCUUCAUGGACGAGCCCACCACAGGCCUGGACGCGCGCGCUGCGGGCGUGGUGAUGCGCGCGGUGCGCAGCGCUGCCGCCACGGGCCGGACCGUGGUGUGCACCAUCCACCAGCCCAGUCGAGAGAUCAUGGACGGCUUUGACGAGCUGCUGCUGCUCAAGCCCGGCGGCCGCACUGCCUACUGGGGGCCGCUGGGGCCGAGCCAGUGCAAACUGGUGGAGCACUUCAUGUCGCCGGCAGCGGGCGUGGCGGGCGUGGCGGGCGUGGCAAGGCCGGCGCCUGACGCCAACCCCGCGGACUGGGUCCUGGGCCUGACCUCUCCGGGCGCGGAGGCGGCUCUGGGGGUGGACUGGGCGCGGCUGUGGGCGACCAGCGAGGCACGGAGGGCCUCGGAGCUGCUGCUGGACCAGCUCUGCCGGGGCGGCGAGGGCGGCGGAGGCGGCGAUGACAGUACUGCCGCCGCCGUCGUUGACAGCGAUGGCGGCGCUGGCAGUGGCGGCGACGGCGCCCACGUGUGGCGAGGCGACGCUGCUGCUGACGUGGAGGCUGGCGGGUUGCAGCCAGCGGCGGCGGCAGGGAGCAGCGAUCAACAUCCGCAGGAGCAGCAGCCACACAUGCGGCGCCCCCGCCAGCAGUACCAGCAACGAAAGAGGUAUCAGGGAGACCGAUACGCGCAGCCGUUGCACGUGCAGCUGCGAUUGGUGCUGUGGCGGCAGUUGGUGUCGCAGGCACGCAACCUCCCGUACAACGGCCUGCGGUUGGCGGUUAGCCUGGCGCUGGCGGGCGUGCUGGGUUCGUUAUACUGGCGGCGGGGGUUGGCGUACGGCAGCGAUGUGGGCGUGCUGGACCUUCUUGGGGUCAUCUACACCUCCAGUCUGUUCCUGCCGCUCAUCAACACGCUCAUGGUGAUGGCGGUGGUGGAGGCGGAGCGGGUGGUGUUCUACCGGGAGCGGGCCGCGCACAUGUACUCGACAGCCGUGUUCGCGGCGGCGCAGGGUCUGGCUGAGCUGCCGCCGCUGCUGCUGCAGUCGCUGUUGUACACGGUGCCGCUGUACGCUGCCGUGCACCUGGCCUUCACAGCGGCCAAAGCAGCCUGGUUCUGGCUGUUUGUGUUCCUGGGACUGACGGUGUGCACAGCGGCCGGCGGCGGCGUCAUGAACCUCAGCCCCUCGCUGCCGGCGGCGGUGGCGGCCGCCGGGGCGCUGGUGAUGCUGUGGAACGUGUUCUGCGGCUUCCUCAUCCCGCGGCGGUCCAUUCGGCCCUGGUGGCUGUGGGCCUACUGGGCCAACCCCGUCACCUACGUCAUCUACGGCGCCACAGUCACACAGCUGGGAGACAUGAGGCACACACCGCUGCGCCUGGCGCUGGGUGGCGCCGCUGGUGCCGCUGGUGCGGUUGCUGGUGUGGGUGGUGACACUGGUACAGGUGCUGGUGGCGUCGGAGGAGGAGGAGGCGCCGCAGCGGCAGCAGCAGCGGAAGCUGGGUCCCAUCAACUGCUGCAGCCGCCAAUGAUGAGCGUGGCCGAGUACGUGGAGACGGCGUUCGGAUACCACUACCACAUGCGCGGCUGGCUGGUCCUGAUCCUGCUGGCCUUCAUCGCACUGGGCCGGGCCGCGUCCUACUACGGCCUCACACGCCUCAACUUCCAGCACCGGUAGUGGGAUGGGGUAUUGGCUGGUAGCGGCAGCACGGCUGGCUAGCUGGAUGGCUGAUGGGGUCAAGUUAGGCAGGACUCGUCGCCCACACCGGUAAUGGGGAGUGGGGUACUAGUGCGUAGCACGGCUAGAUUGAUGGCGGGCCUGGCUGGGACGGCGUGCAAGCUGGUGGCACGCAACGGCAUGUUGACACGGCGUUUGUUGGGGAUUGCUCAAAGUUGUUGACUGAUUGGUUGGACAUGUACGUUCUUGACUACGGCAUUCCACUUUCACAAUGUAACCAUGGAUCAAU